GAACCACGUGGGUUCCAUUCUUGAAACUAGCUGCGCAACGAUCGAGUUCAAGGAGACUCGGAGUGUCUUUUGCAAGGAAGCAGCAGGAGGAGGAGAAGGCCGGCCGGCAGUCAGGAGCAGCGCUGAUAUAAUAGACCCAAGAUCAACAUGCCCAGGGGCAGCCGGAGCGUGGGAUCCCGGUCGACCGUGGCCAGCCCAUCUCAUGCCCACCCCCCAGCUCACCCUCCUCCUUCGGCAAUGGCUGCUCCAGCUCAGCCCCAACAGCCUGGCUUAAUGGCCCAGAUGGCUACGACCGCGGCAGGAGUGGCUGUUGGCUCUGCGGUGGGUCAUGUGGUUGGUGGCGCACUCACCGGGGCCUUCAGCGGAGGGAGCAGCUCCGAGCCGGCCAAGCCAGCCAGCGGUGCUGUCCAGGAGUCCAGGCCGCAGCCAGCCUAUCAGGGAUCCCAGUUCGGCCCCUGCCACUACGAGAUAAAGCAGUUCCUCGACUGCGCUACCAACCAGAGCGACCUAACGUUGUGCGAGGGCUUCAACGAGGCCCUGAAGCAGUGCAAGUACAACAGCGGGGUUACUUCCCUCCCAUGAGGACAUUUUAGCACUAAUGCCGCAAAAUGAGAAGAACCUGGAAAGAGCAACAAACCAAAGGAGCCCAGAAGGGCUGUGGACUGGAAGACAGAGAAAGAUGAAGGAUCUGAUCAGAUUGGGGGGGGGGGACCCAAAGCUCUCUAGUGUUGUUCUCAGUUGUAGGCUGGCAAACAAGGAGAAUUCUAGCUGAAAUUCUUAUAGCAGAGUUUUAAGGAUCUGUGUCCCACUUGAAUUCUUGUAGAGAAAUGUAAAAUAAAAGGAGAUGGUUUUAUUUUAAUCUACAACUUGUCUAUAUGUUUCUGUUGAUUCAAACACACAUGUGCGCUCAUAAACAUUUUCGUUAACCACUCUGUGUUGUAGUGGUCAGAGUGGCAGACUAGGACCUUGGAAAGACCUCUGUGAAGCUCACAGAGUGACCUUGGGCAAGUCACUUACUCUCAUCCGAACCUACCUCACAGGGUUGUUGUGGUAGAUUAAAUGAGGAAGGGGAGAGCCAUGUAUUCCACUUUGGUUUCCUUGGAGGAAAAGGUGGGAUAUAAAUACAGUCUAUAAAAUUGUUUUCCUGCAGUUUCCAGCAACUGGUAUUCAGAAGCAUUACAAGCCGUGACUGCCCAACUCUCCAAUUUGGCCCAGGAGGCCGAUUCCUACGAUCCCUGAUCUAAAAUCGGAUGUGAUGGAGUCAACAUGGGAAGGGAAACUGAGGCCAGGGUCAGCCAACAGUUCCUGCAAUUGGGGCUGCCGCCUUCCGGAGGUGGCUGGGGGGAACAGGAGCAGCAAGUGACCCCCAUUGCAAGGUCAGACUCGCAACAGAAAGGCUUUCUAACAUAGGGAAAUACUCAGCUCCUGGUCUUCAAAAAGGCUUGUCUGGACUGCUGCUAGAUAUUUCCACUUUUUCCCCCCUAACUAGAAGUAAAAGAUUACCAAUCAAACAUUCCAACCUGCCCCAGCCCUGCCCCGCUUUUCCCAACCCAAAGGCAUCGCUCAAAUGUAAACUAUAACAGUAAAGUUCAUGCGAACACAGAACUGGAGGGAGACAGAAAGUUGCUGAUAUCAAUAUGAAGGAAAAUGUAUUAUUGAAUGCAGAAGGUAAAAUUAGUCUUCGUUCGUGUGCUGACCACUAGUCUGCCAUUAAGGUCUCUUGGGUUUUUUUUGCACUCUGGGAAAAGUUUUUGCAUCAGUUUUUCAGAAAAUGCUAGUUCCCAAAUUACAUUAUACCAUUUUUGUACGUUUAAAUCGUUUGCUUCUUUCCAAUUUCUAGCUAGAAUACUAUUGCCACCAAUAAAUAAGCAAAUA